AUGCACAGUAGCAUUCCUACACUAAUCGUAUUGGUUGCUGUAUGGUCAUUGGUGUAUUCAACCAUUGGAGCGGCAACAGCUACUUCGGCAACAGGCCAGAAGCAACAACAGAACCAGCAGACCCAUCUCAGAACUUUAGUUAUCGUGGAUGAGGGUGAAGAGGAUAAUGAUAAGAGGAUUUAUUCCCAACUAUAUGCUGAUCUUGAGGAUGCUGGUCAUCAUCUUACCUUCGCCGUUUAUAACGACAGGGCCCUGAAACUGGAUGAUUACGGUGAAUGGUUAUACGACAACAUCAUAAUCAACGCUAAUAAGAUCAAUGCCUUCCCUGUUAUCGAGGAUCGUGGUCGUAAAUACAAGUCGGUGGAUGAUGAGAAGAGAGAGGCUGCUAGUGCUGGUAAACCCCAUAAGGGUAUAUCUAUGUUUGAUCUAGUCGACUUCGUGGAUAAGGGUAACAGGAGUAUUGUCAUUAAUGUUGGGAGGGAUUUCAAUGGGAAUGGCUUGAGGAAGCUAGUUAACGAAUUCGGCUUUGAUGUAUACGAUCAAGACUCGACCCUUGUUGACCACUUCCACUACGAGGGGAAUGAUCAUACCACUGUGUGGAGUCGAAACUUUGUCGCUCCCCGAGUGACGCAUUUCAAUCCUACUGCUGCUAGCAAGGACAAGGUCCUCUUCGGCAGAGGUGUUGGUCAUUCCCUUUCACCGAGCAAUGACCGCGUAUUCCCGGUCAUUAAGUCGUCACCCAGUGCGUAUUCUGAGGACGCUAAUAUGCAAAUGAUGAGAGAGGGUGCUGCAAACACUUUGAGUGGUUUGAAUCUGGUAUCAGCCCUACAGGCCCGUAAUGGGGCUCGUGUCCUUCUCGUUGGAUCGAAGGAUAUGUGUGCUGAUAAGAUAUUUAACAAGAAGGGAUACGACAAUAGGAAUGUGUGUAAGUCGAUGUAUACAUGGGCAUUCAAUCAGCGACGUGUCAUCCGUGCUGUAAAUAUGCGACACCAUAAGGUUGGGGAGACCGAGGCGCCGUAUAUGUAUACUGAGGGGGACGAUAUCACAUUCGAGAUUCAGUUGGAAGAGCUGACUAUGAAGGGAUGGGUUCCAUAUACAGCUCGUGAUAUCCAACUCGAAUACACUAUGCUAGACCCUCAUAUUAGAGCCUUCCUGCUCCCUGAUACAUCCAAUAACGGUUUACAUACACUCACCUUCAAGGCCCCCGAUGUUUAUGGAAUAUUCAAGUUUGUGGUGAACUACAACAGACUUGGUUUGAAUCCUCUCCAUAUAGAGGAAGUAGCACCAUUAAGGAACUACAAGCACAAUGACUACCCCAGAUUCCUCUUCUGUGCAUAUCCUUACUACGCAUCAGUUUUCGUCGCGGCGUUCGGCCUUUUUGUGAUCGCCUUCUUGAUGAUGUAG